GCGUCAUCGGAGGAGUGGGUGGCUGGGAAAAAAAGAAAAAGUGACAGUCCUGUCUCAGAAUUCCCCUUUAAUCCCAGCACUGAAAUCUGAGGAUUUACUUCACCUUUUCACAAGAAACGAAGCUCCACCCACAGCAUCGUGUCUCUCUCUGUGGAGCAGCUCUAAGUUACUUCUCCGGGAAGAAAAACAUUUAAAGGAGGAUACAGAUCCUUUUAGAGCAUCUGGUCAAAACGGCCGCACGCAUGAGAGGAUGUAGAGGACGAGACUAUGGUUAGAAGGUCGUGAUGGUCGUACCCUGCACUGAGUAUGGAGAGGCACAGGCGCCUGUCCUCCUGGGGCUGUGGGAGUAUGUGAAGAGCGGACAGGAGGACGUGCUCCGCUCACCGUACCUGCCCGCGUCUUUUGCGUUCCUGGCGCACGUGCUGCUCUGCGUACCUUUCCUCGCGCUGGAUGCGCUGGGGAGCGUCUGUCAGCGGGUUCGGUCAUGGAGGAUGACCGCGGGCUCGGGUCCGCCGCCGUCUCUGAGCCGAUGGUUAGAGUGUUUCUGCAGGGUUUUGUAUAAAUACGUGACCGUGGUCCUGCCCGUCACUGCGCUCUUCAACACCCUAAUAAACCUCAAGUUACCUGAUGUGGCCCCCAGCUGCUGGCAGCUCUGCGUGGAGGUGGUGGCAUGCCUGCUGCUUUUUGACAUGCUCUUCUUCAUGUGGCACUACGUCAUGCACAGAGUUUCCUGGCUGUACCGCAACAUCCACCAGAUGCACCACCAGCACCACACUCCCUUCGCUCUGGCAGCUCAGGACUGCAGCUCGGCCGAGCUGUUGUCUCUACUGUUGCUGUCUCUGAGCAGCGCCUGGAUGGUGGGAUGUCACCCUCUCAGCGAGGCCCUCUUCCACCUCAUCAACACCUGGCUUGCCGUGGAGGACCACUGCGGCUACGACCUGCCCUGGGCUCUGCACAGACUGCUGCCCUGUCUGGGAGGAGCCCCCCACCACCACGCACACCACAGUUUGCAAAUCAUAAAUUACGCCCCUCUCUUCACGCACUGGGACCACCUCUUUGGGACGUAUCGCGCAUCGGUGCUGAAUUCACGUCCACAGUGACAAGCCUGUUGCAUUUUUUUUUUCUCAGAUUCAAUGAAGGAUGUUAUCUUUUGGCUGAUGUUAACGUGUAAUCUCACUAUUCGCUCAUUUAUUACUACACAUGUCGCAAUCAAUAAUACAAUACAAUCACAACUGAUACUUUAUGUAUGUAACCACUGUAUCGUAGGCUGUAAGUGAAGACCCCCAGCAUUUUCACCUUUGUCGCCAGAGCUUUCAGGGACUGUCAGAGACUGGAGCUGAUUGUGAAACUAAGCACCACCGGAUGCUGACUGCUCCAGCCGGUGUACCCUGAUUCAUCCUUCUUUAUGACUCAAUCACAUACAAAAUGAGCUGGGUCAGUAAAGUCAUCAAGAAAGCAUUUGCUCUGGUUACAGAGCAAUGGAGCCAAAGACUGUUUACAGACACUGUGCCAUGCAACUACAAGUCUUUAUGCAACAAGAGGAGCCUGCCCCCUGCUGGCUUGUUUCAGAACUUAUAAACUGAGCUAUGGACAGGAAAUCAGAUCACCUUUACCUUGGGGAAAAAAACAAUGAGCCAUUGUAGUUAUGCUGAAGCGAGACAUGUUUCAUGCAACUGAAAAUGCACCCCACCCCCACAUAUUCUCAUAAACUCAGAGUGACUUUGUUACUUUGGAGGAGUGAAUCUGAAACAAAGACCUGUUUAUACAACCCAGUACAGUGAAUCUCAUUUUACAGUUCAUCAGUUUAAUACUUUAAGCUCGGGCUUUUUAAUGUGGCCAGUAUAUUGUUAUUGUACAGCGGAUAACAAUCACGGCGAGGAGAUCUGGACACAUUUCAGAUCCCCCACAUCCAAAACAGAAAACUUAAUUAAAAACUAAACUGAAACAAGUAAACCAGUCCAGGCAGAGCAAAUUCAAGUGCAAGCUUUGCUUUUUGAACUCUAAAUGCAUUUAGACUGAAAAUCUUUAGACAGAUCAGCUAUUUUGUGAGGAAAAGGUAUAUAUUUUAAGUAGGCUUAGUUAGACACCUAUAUAUUUUAUUUUUCCUGUUACAUUCAGGGCCUGUUUAUGAGUGAUUGUAAAGUUGUGUUGGAAAUCUGCCCGACUGCUGUAGUGAAUGAAAGCAGGACACAGACUGGGUUUUUUUUGCCUCAGGCUCAUGUUUCCACCGUGCUGCUGCGGUUAGUCAUUUGGAUAGCACAUUUUGAGCCUUUCAGUAAUCAGUUAUAUGCUCUGCUAACACGGUUCCUUGGUGCCUAGAAGAAAGGUCUGUUUUUUCCAUGGUUUCUGCAGUUGCAAUUUUCAGCUGGCAUCAUGUCACCAGCUACCUGAGGAUCCUUUACAUAUAACAAAUAGAGAGUUUGUCAAGACUCUUGCAUUUCACAGCAGUGUUAAGUCUAGCCAUUAUUUAUGGCCCAUUAUCGCAAGUUUGCCUUAAGGGAAUGCAAUGCCUGUAACACACCAUGCUUACAGGCAAGCAAGAGGGAGGCAGAGUCAGUGUUGCAAUCUUCAGGAUGGCAAAAGAAAGGGCUGCAAACAGUAAUAAGAAGUAUAAGUAGGUGAGCCUGUUUAUGAUUUUGGAAGGAGCACGGCUUAUAUAAUGAAUCAAGCAUGUCAUUCACAAGCAAGAGCAGUGUCGAUAGUAAAGAUGAAAUCUCUUCCAAAAAAGCUAAAAUACAGAUCAAAACAAUGGGAGUGAGGCAAAGGGAAAAUAAAGGAAGUUCUCGGGAAGACUCGUGUCCAAAGGCAGGCAAAGAUGGCAAGAGAAAAGAGGCACAUACAGCUUGCAUGCACAUGUGCUUAAAAGACAUGUUUAAGGGGCCAAAUACAAUUUAUAGAGCAGGGGGUCAAACAUGAGCCCUCAGGACACAAAUCCUUCAAAAAAAGACUCCAAUCUAGCCCACCGGCAGCUUUGAAAAUGUGAACAAGGGCACACAUUUUGGAAUUUCUGACUGUAUUUUCACAGCCUCUUCUCCUGAUAAAGAAGGCUCUCAUGGCUUUUCUACUUGACAGAA